AUGGAGAGGUCCCUGGGGGAGCCCAACGUGACCGCGGUCCAGGGGUUUGUCCUGCUGGGCUUGUCCACAAGCCUGCGUCUGAGGGGCGUCCUGUUUGCCAUCUUCUUGACGCUCUACCUGCUGACCCUCCUGGAGAACAUGCUCAUCGUCUACCUCACCUGCAGCCACACUGAGCUGCACAAGCCCAUGUACUUCUUCCUGGGCAACCUGAGCUGCCUGGAGAUGUGCUACGUGUCGGUGACCAUGCCCAGCCUGCUCGUGGGGCUGAGGACUGGGCCCUGCCGUGUGCCCUUCACCGCCUGCAUGACCCAGCUCUUCUUCUUCAUCUCCCUCAUCUGCACAGAGUGCACGCUCCUGGCCUCCAUGGCCUACGACCGCUAUGUGGCCAUCUGCCGCCCACUCCACUACCCGCUGCUCAUGCGGCCCCAGGUCUGCCUGGGCUUGGCCGCGUCCUCGUGGCUUGGUGGGCUGCUGGUCUCGGUGAUCAAGACGUCGUGCAUCGCCAGCCUGUCCUACUGUGGCCCCAAUGUCCUCAACCAAUUUUUCUGUGAUGUCUCCCCGCUGCUCAACCUGUCCUGCACCCACGUGGCCCUGACAGAGCUGGUGGACUUCAUCUCUGCCAUCGUCAUCUUCUGUGGGACACUGCUAGUGGCACUGGCCUCCUACUUAGCCAUCGGGGUGGCCGUGCUCCACAUGCCUUCAGCUGCUGCCCGACGCAAGGCCUUCUCCACCUGUGCCUCUCACCUGGUGGUGGUGGGCAUCUUCUACUCAGCAGCCCUCUUCAUCUACUGCCGCCCCAGCCGUAUCAAAUCCAUGGACCUCAACAAGGUGCUGUCCGUCAUCUACACGGUGGCCACGCCCAUGUGCAACCCCAUCAUCUAUUGUCUUCGGAACAAGGAGGUCCACACGGUGCUGUGGAAAACCCUCCACUGGCCUUAA